AUGACAAACAGCAAAUGGAAUGACGAACGUGACUUUAUGAUACAUAACUGGAAACUGACACAACUGCGAACCUACAGAAAGAGACCAAUACCACUGGAAGCAAAGUCGGAUAGUGCAUGGUACAAUCCUCUCGCAGGGCCUAUUGUCUUGUCCAUGUGUACACGGGGGAACACAACAUGGCGCUACGACAAGAAUCUGCUGGCAACUCGCGAAGAAAUCGACAAUAGACUACUUAGUUUUGCACGAGAAGUCGACAAACGUCGUGCGCAUGCAAUGUCACAGUCUUGA